AUGGUUAAGAAAGGGAAAGAUGAGGGCAAAGGCGGGAAGGGCAAGGGCAAGAAGGAGGCCGUCAGCGAGUCUGAGGAUGCGUCCGAUGCCGACCUCACCAAAAGCGAGAUGGGCAGCGAGUUGGUGGAGGAAGAGAGUGAAGAAGACCCGAAGCAGAAGAAAGGGAAGGACAAGAAAGGGGCAGCCAAAGCCGGCAAGAAAGGCGCAGCAGAUGAUGCCAAGAAGAAGAAAGGGGGCAAAGCCCAGCUGAAAGGGGCCACCAAGGCCAUGGCCAUGGCCAAGAAGGAGGCGGCCCCGCCCAAGAAGAAGCGGAGCUUGAAGAGCACGUCCAAGCUCUUCAUGGGCUUCAAAGGGGUGGGCCAGAAGAAGACUCCCAAGAAGAGCCAGUUCAAAAACAUGUCCCGCUUCUUCUGGGGCCUGAAGACGCAGAGCACCAAGAAGAAGAAGAAGAAGAAGAAGAACCAGGGGGUCCUCAAGUCCACCUCCAACAUCAUGAUGCGCUUCAAGGGGCUCGGGAAGAGGAAGAAGAAGAAAGAGGCGGCAGCAGGCGCGAAGAAGCCGGCGUUCAUGCUGAUACGACUGGGUGGUGGGAAACCGAAUGAGAACUUCAAGCCCCGGGCCCAAAUCGUCAGCAAAGUUGCUGCCACCACCGGUUGGCUGACCCGAAGAUUCCUGUCCAAACGUAACAGGUAUGCCUACAGUGAAAGGGUGACCGAUGAAUCCUGGCUCUCCAGGAUUGGGGCCAAGAAGCUGCCCUUCCCUUCGGGGGACGAGGUGCUGAGGCACCGAGCUAAUAUGAGAAGGGUCCCUGGGAACAACACACUCUAUGGCCAAACCCAGGACGAAUUUGGCUACUGGGACAACUUGGAUUCUGCCGCACUGCCAGAUUGCUACGAUGACUACCAAGAGGACAGUUACUACGACCCGCAGACCUCUUCCCAGUAUGGCUGUUCUAACUACGAUGAUGAGAACUAUGGCAGAAACCCCGUGGAUGAAGAAUAUGGGCUGGGAGAAGAACCGGUGGACUACUAUGAGCAAGACCAGUACGAUGACCACAACUACGAUGAUCAAGAUUAUGACCUCUCCACCUCUUACUCACCCUACCAACCUUACGAUGACUUCCAAAGCGGUUACGAAGAGCCCGUGGGGCCGCCCGGGCUCCAUUACGCAGGAGAAGAAGGGAUGGUGUAUCCGGCCGAAGACGAAGCCUACGCUCAGCACGAAGUCAGCUACAGCGAGCAGGAAUGGCCGCCUCAGACGCAGUCAGCGUACAACCCGUACGCCUAUCCGUUGGAUGACAUUGCGGAGAUGGACGAGGCCGAAAGAGCGGAGGAGGAGGAGGCAGGCUACCCUUUUGCUUUAUCGCAUUCUCCCUUUUGGGAACAGCAAGGGAUGGGGGGAAAUUUGCCUUCCCAGCUGUCAGUAAACAGGAAGUUCCGGCUUUUUCCGAGGCCCCAGGUGAAGCUCUUUGGCGUAGACAAGAUUGACGUCUCUCUUCCUCCUUCGCCACACAUUUCGCUGGCCUGUUUUGAUCCGGUGGAGGAGGAGGAGGAGGAGGAGGAAUUGGAACCUGAGGCCUUAACUUCUCCUUUUGCCCAGUUGGGUAGACAGCAUCAGGAUCCUCCCAGGCCGCGAGGGACCUUCUCAAAACUGUUGCCUGGUUUUAUUACCAGGCUUCAAAACCCUCGCUCCCCAAACCCAAGGAGAAGGAAUCUUGGUCCUGGCCCGGCUCCAAGUAAGGCCGGCUUCUCCCCAAGAGAAUGUGGAAGCCCUCUGGGGCAGUUCCUGCAAAAGUCCCUCUCCCAGCCCAAACCCAUACUAAAGCAUCGUGGCGGCGGGACAAUGAGCAGACCCCCCACACCCUCCCCGACUAGGACAGCCCCGUCUUCACCAUUUGGAGGACGCAGGCCUAUGGGGCCACCUUCUCCUCAGCAAGCAACACGGCGCUUUGAAAUGGCGGCUUUCGCCUCUUCUCCGAAAUCCACGAGGCAGUUCGGGGCUUCGGGGAAGCGCAAUAUCGCUCUCCCUCCUUCCCAUCCCGCGGCGAAACUACGAGAUGCUCUUCAGGAAGAGCUGCUCAACACGCUUCCGUUUAUAGGGUCGUCUUCCUACAAAACGCCACAGCAAGGCCUCGGCCUGCCUGGGAGGAAACCCAGCCAACCAGCCCUGAACCACGACAACAUCCAAAGGAACAGCCCUCACCUGUACCCCCGGCAAGGAAGCCGUAGGGUCACUAUCAGAGAGUCGCCGGCAGACCUGUCUCCUCACGCCCAGCCUCUCAUGGAUGCCAAUGGAUCGACAGAAGCACGGUGGAUGCAACAGCAGCAGUGGGAUUACGCGCCUGAAAGCAGAAUGCCAGCACCCUGGAAUCCCUCAGCCAAGAUGGGAGCUGCCGGAAGUCUGAGAAGCAUUUCAAGUUUGAACCAGCCUCCAAGUCCCACUCCUAGCGCCCGGAAGGCCUUCCUCCAGCGCAUCGGUCAGCCUCUGGCUGGGAUGGCACAGGCUGCUUCCUCCACCAGGCGGACUCUUGCGGAAACGUUGGGUCACCUGGAAGAUGAGAAUCCAUACCGGGCACAGUUUGGUCAGGCACCCGGACCUUCGCCAGGCUUUUCCAGGCGCCACUUCCCGCAGGACUUUCCUUCCGCUGCUCCGUCGCUGAAGCAAAUGGGAGAGGCAGCCUACACUCGGUCACCCAGUCCGAAAAUGGGGCAUAAAGUCCCGGGCGGGAAUUUGUCCUACGCCGUUUCUGGCGGCUUGCCUGGCCACUUGGGAAGACCCAAUCUGAGCCCCAUGUCCCAAAGAGCAGUUUCGUUCCAAGGGCCCCAUGCCAUGGGACGAGGGAACCCCUCCUUCGCGGGUUCCUCGCCCUUUCACGAUCAAUACAACAGACCGAGAAGACCAGGCUCUCCCCGUUUGCCAGCUGAGAUGCUAGAACCGGACAUGGAAGACGGUAUGGGCAGAUACGCGGUUGUGAUGCCCCAGAUCCAACGGAUGGGCUCUUCUUUCAGGAGAAGAUCCCGUAUGCAAAAGGACCCCUGGUCCGACUACCACACGGUCAGCGUCCACGAAAUGCCAAAUGAAUGGGGCUCGGAGAAGCUCUACCAGAGCCCUCCUGCAGAGAGUUUUAACCAACGGCCGUCUCGCCGAGGUGGAGAAAGCAGCGUGUUCUGGUACCUGACACGUGGAUCGUCGGCGCGCAACAAGGAAUAUGGUGGAGCGAACAAGAAUUGGCAGAGUAAGAUGCAGUCCGUCCAGAACUUGCAAUCCAUGAGCCAAGGAGAUAAAGGCGUGGAAGACAUGACCCAGCUGGAGGACCUCCACGAAAGCGUCGUUCUUCGCAACAUCAGAAGGAGAUUUGACCAGGGACUAAUUUAUACCUACAUAGGCAGCAUCUUAGUGUCUGUGAACCCUUACAAAAUGUACAACAUCUACGGGACGGACCACGUGCUGCAGUACGAAGGAAAAGCAUUGGGGGAGAACCCACCGCAUUUGUUCGCAAUCACAAAUAUUGCCUACAGCAAGCUGAGAGAUGCCAAACUCAAUCAGUGUAUUAUUAUCAGUGGCGAAAGCGGCUCCGGCAAAACGGAAGCUACCAAGCUGAUCCUACGAUACCUGGCAGCGAUCAACAAGAAACAUUCUGCGACACAGCAGAUCGAGAUUCUUGAAGCGACUCCUCUGCUGGAAUCCUUCGGAAAUGCCAAGACUGUGCGGAACGACAACUCCAGCAGGUUUGGGAAAUUUGUGGAAAUCUUUCUGGAGGACAAUGGGUUGAUUUGUGGUGCCAUUACCUCACAGUACCUUCUGGAGAAAUCGAGGGUCGUCUUUCAGGCCAAAAAUGAACGAAACUACCAUAUCUUUUAUGAGAUGCUGGCAGGCCUCCCUGCUCAGCAGAAGCGGAAAUUCUGUCUUCAAGAAGCAGAAACUUACUAUUACCUGAACCAGGGAGGUAACUGUGAGAUUCCUGGCAAGGUGGAUGUGGAGGAUUUCCAUCGGCUCCUCGACGCCAUGGAGAUCCUGCGUUUCAGCGCCCACGAACAGGACAGCAUCUUCCGAAUUCUGUCUUCCAUCCUUCACCUAGGGAAUGUCUACUUCGAAAAAUAUGAGACAGAUUGCCAGGAAGUGGCUUCGGUCGUGAGUGCCAGAGAGAUCCGUGUCGUGGCCGAGCUGCUGCAGAUCUCGCCUGAGGGCUUGCAGAGGGCCAUCACCUUCAAAGUGACGGAGACCAUGAGGGAGAAGAUUUUCACACCACUCACUGUCGAUAGUGCUGUGGAUGCCAGAGACGCCAUUGCCAAGAUCCUCUACUCCCUCCUCUUCAACUGGCUCACUGACAGGAUUAACAAGCUUAUCUACCCCAGGCAAAACACCCUGUCCAUUGCUGUCUUGGAUAUCUACGGCUUUGAGGAUCUCGGCUUCAACAGCUUUGAGCAGCUGUGCAUCAAUUACGCAAACGAGUAUCUUCAAUUCUUCUUCAAUAAGAUCGUCUUCAAGGAGGAGCAGGAGGAAUAUAUUCGGGAGCAGAUUGAGUGGAAAGAAAUCGCCUUCAACGACAACCAACCUUGCAUUGACCUCAUCGCCCAGAAGCCUCAUGGGAUUCUGAAGAUCCUGGAUGACCAAAGCAGUUUCCCCCAGGCCACGGAUCACACGUUUCUCCAGAAAUGCCACUACCACCAUGGCGCCCACCUGCUGUAUUCCAAGCCAAAGAUGCCGCUGCCUGAGUUCUCCAUUAGGCACUAUGCGGGCAAAGUCACCUACCAGGUGCAUAAGUUCUUGGAUAAAAACUACGAUCAAGUUCGACAGGACGUCCUGGACCUUUUUGUCAACAGCAAAACCAAAAUGGUGGCCCACUUGUUCUUCAGCCAUGCACAAGUGGUGGCCCAGCAGAAGACGGUGGUCGGAAGGAGCAGCACCAGCAGGCGGAAGUUCAAACCCCAAACCGUGGCGGCAAAAUUUCAGCAGUCGCUCUUGGACCUCAUGGAGAGGAUGGAGAGGUGCAACCCUUUCUUCGUUCGCUGCAUCAAACCCAACAAUAAGAAGGAGCCGGGACUUUUUGAGACUGAAAUAGUCAGCAGUCAGCUGCGCUACUCGGGGAUUCUAGAGACCAUCCGUAUCCGCAAAGUGGGCUUUCCCGUCCGCAUCCCCUUCCAGAUCUUCCUUGACAGGUACCGCUGCCUUGUUGAUAUCAGACCAGACAUCAUCCCCGAUGGCUGGAAUUGUGUGGGAGUGCUGAAGAAGCUGUGUCCAGUCACCCCAGAGAUGUACUGCAUUGGAGCCACCAAGCUCUUCAUGAAGGAGAGCAUCUACCAGAUACUGGAAAGCAAGCGGGAGCGCAUGGUUCACAUGGCGGUGGUGACCCUGCAGCGGUACACGCGAGGCUUCCUGAUCAAGAAACGCUUCUACGCCCUUCGCCACAAGAUCAUCCUCCUCCAGGCGCGGGCGCGGGGCUUCCUUGUCAGGCAAAGGUAUCGGAGGCUGCGAAGAACCCUCAUCAAGGUCAGGUGCCUGGUGCGCAUCUAUGUGAACCGCAGGAGGUACCUCAAGGCUACGCUGGCACCUGCCCCAGUGCUGGGCACGCAGGCAGCAGCCUUGCCCAGCGGCUCAAGGGACGCCAUGAAGAGCGUCCGUUUCAGGAUGGAUGGGCUCGGAGACACCAGGAAGGAGGAGGAACGCCGGAGGGCCGAGGAAGAGAGGAGAAAGGCUGAGCAGGAGCUGAGCCGUCGAGAAGUGAUGAGAGUCGCCAACUUGGAAGUCCCUGCGGAGCUAGUUGGACUGCUGAAUACUGUGGCUGGUGAGCUAUUAUCACAGGUGAAUGAAGACUGCGUCGUCCACGUCCCGCCCCCCAAGUUGCAGGCAGACUCCCAGCUCGCUCUGCCGCUCGACAUCAACAACUACCCCAUGGCCAAGUACGUGCGGACCCACUUCAAGGACCCCUUUUUCGGCAUGCUCACCAAGACGCUGGCAGCCCCUCUGACGUUGUUAGAUGAGAGCCUGCGAUAUGAAGCGCUCAGCCUCUUCAAGCUGAUCCUCCGCUUCAUGGGCGACCCCCACCUCAAUGGCACCCAGGAGAACCUGUUUGGGAACUACAUUGUGCAGAAGGGGCUGUCGACCCCAAGCCUGCGGGACGAGAUCCUGUCCCAGAUCGCCAACCAAGUAUGGCGGAACACCAACGUCCACAACGAAGAGCGCGGCUGGCUCCUUCUGGCCUCCUGCUUCAGCGCCUUCGUGCCGUCCCCCAGCCUGGAGAAAUACUUGUUGAAGUUUGUUUCUGACUAUGCCUUUGACGGCUACAAGCCCAUUUGCCAGCACAAGCUAAUGCAAGCCAUGGCGAAGACCCAGUAUGGUACAGAAGCCACCCGGGCCUAUCCGCCCACCCUUCUAGAGUGGACAGCCAACCGAGACAGAGUCAACAUGGCCCUGGAUGUUUACUGCUUCAAUGGAGAUCACUUCUCUUGCCCCAUCCAUUCCUGGACCACAGGAGAAGGCCUUAGUGAGAACAUCCUGAAAUACAGGGGGCUUGCAGACGGAUGGCAAGGCUGGUCGGUCGCCAUGAAGGAAGGCAACCAGUGGGCCGAGCUGGCCGGCCACGACUACGUUCUGGACUUGAUUUCUGACCUGGAGCUGAUCCGAGGCUUCCCAAAGCAAAAGUCCUAUUUCAUAAUCGCCUCGGAAGGUUCGGAGAAGAACGUCGGUGGUAAAGCAGUAUUCAGACACGGUUUGGACCCAAACGAGGCGGUUCCUCCCCCACCGCUUACGAAGGCCCCCACGGUGGCCCCCACCCACCUGCCAGACUCGGAGGGAUACUGCAGCCAUGCAGAUUCAGACACCUUCAGCGAGCCCCGGAGCCAGAAAGGAUUGGAUCAUUACCUGGACAGCCUCUUUGAUCCUGUCCUGUCCUAUGGGAAUGGGGAGCUGGAGAGACCAGCCGCCGUCUCCUACAGGAUGAAAGGCGGAGGCCAGAUUGGACGGGGCAACGGAGACCAGAGAAAUGGCGACAGCGCACCUCCUGACGUACCCCAAACAUCCGGGAAGAGCGAGGCCACGUUAUUGAUGCAGCAAGCUUACCAGAACCAGCAGGACUCACUUCUGAAGCAGCACCACGCCGCUGUGGCGGCAGCGGGCAGCACAGCCCCUCCCAGCGCACCCCAAUACUCCAGGCCCGGAUCUCCCCAACAAAGAAAUCCUGAGAGGAUUCAGAAGAUUGGCCCCAGGUCUCCAGCAGGCCUGCCGUUCCAGAGAGAAGCAGAGAAAGGAAUGGUGGACGGAGCGGCAGCGUCUCUUGGUCUCGCGCCAGACAGGCCCGUCUUUCAGAAAUCUGAUCCUGCCUCCAGGCUGCGGGCUGGCGAGCUCGUCCGGCAUUCCAAGCUGAACUCCGAGCACAUCUCCGAGCCGACGCAAAACAUCCGCAACAUUAUCAAGCAGUAUCAACAACCCGCCCGAGCUCCGGAGCCCAUCAGGAAGGAAGGUGGGAAAGUCUUUGUGAAGAAAAUGGAUCCUCACGAAGAAGCCUUGAUGAUCCUCAAGGGACAGCUGGCUGCCACGGAGGCACCUGUGCGGCCCGCUCCGGUCACCCGGGAAACGCCGGCAAAGGAAACCAUCGCCAUGGUGAAGCCCGUGACAUGUGCCAAGGUGGCCGUGCCGCCCGCCAUCCGCUCGCCACCUGCCAUCCCCAGGUCUUUCCCGGAGGCAUCUCCAGUGCCCAUCUCCCGGGAAUUAGCGUCUGAGGAUGAACAGGUCCAGACGCGGCUUCACCGCCGGUGCAGCGAGGAAUUCUACACUUACCGCAACGUCUCCUGGAGAAUCUAUCUCAGGAAAGAGGUUUUUCACCCCAAAGAAAGCAUCAACAAUCCUCUUCUGCUAGAUCUCCUCUUCCGGCAGAUCUUCAACGACACCCUCUCGGAGGCCUGCAUUCGCAUCACGCAGGAGGAGAGGCUACGCAUGAAAGCCCUCUUUGCGGAAAACAAGCUGGAUUCCUUCAGUCCGGUGGCCGACGAAAGCGUUAAGAAAGAGAUCCUCAGCGUUGCCCGGGAAGGCUGGGAAGUGUAUUUCUCCCGUCUUUUCCCCGCUACGGGCAGCGUGGGCACCGGGGUGCAGAUCCUGGCGGUGUCCGACACGGGGAUCAAGCUGCUGCGGCUGGUCAAGGGGGCCAAUUUGCCCGGCGAGCAGCUCCGGGUGCUGCGUGGCUACAAUUACGGCGACAUCCUCUUUGUGACCAUCCCCUCGAGGAACAUGCUGGAGUUCAACCUCACCAGUGAGAAGCUCAUCCUUUUCUCCCCGAAAGCCUCGCAGGUGAAGGCCUUCGUCGACUAUUUCAUCACCGAGCUCAAGAAGGAUUCGCAGUACAUGGUUGCCAUCAAAAACCACAUCGCCGAUGACAAGAGCCUGUUACGUUUCCAUAAAGGAGACAUCAUUUGCCUGCGGCCCAUGGAGGGCUUGGAACAAGACCGCUAUUACGGCUGCGUGGUGCGCAAGCGGGUGAUGCUGCUGGAGGACGUGAAGAAAGGCACCCUGGAUUUUGGAUGGAAGUUUGGCGCCAUCUACGGGAAAUCGGGCUUCUUCCCUGCGGAUUGUGUCCAGCCGGUGGCAGCGCCGGACUUCACCCACCUGCCUGCGGAGAAGAAAGAGGAGCCCAGGGACAAGCAGGCCAAAGUGGCCGUCUCAGCCUCAGUGGCCGUGGCCGUGGCGUCGGCAGCUGUGGCCCAAGAGCUGGACAAGAAGAUCGAGGCGUCUCCAGCAGUCAGCGAGUACACGGAGAGCGUGGAAGAAUUUCAGGGCGCCACGGACAGCGGCCCACGCAGCGGCCAUUUCGCCAUGCUGGAGUUUGCCAAGAAGUAUUUUCGAGAAGGGCAGAGGGCAAAGAUGGAUUCCGACAAGCAGAAACCCAAGAAAGGCAGCGAAUCUAAGGGCGUAGCAGAGACUCUGAAAUUCACCAAGUUGCCCAUCCAGGAGUCGCUCAUUGAAUUCACCGACGGCAGCCUGAACAAAAUAGCGGCAGAAGCCUUCCAAGCUGUGAUGAAGUUCAUGGGCGACCUCCCACUCAAAGGACAAACCGAGCUGGACGUGGUCUGUGCUCUGCUGAAGCUCUGCGGAGACCAUGAGGUCAUCAGGGAUGAGGUUUUUUGCCAGAUUAUGAAACAGAUCACAGACAACACCAGCACCAAGACCGACAGCUGCCAAAAAGGAUGGAGGCUGCUGUACAUCAUGAGUGCCUACUACAGCUGCUCCGAGGUCCUCAAGCCUUACCUUCUGUGGUUCCUCCAGGAGAUCUGCAGCAGUCCUGUUUUGCAUUUCCAAGGCAUCGCCAAAGCCUGCGAGCAAAACCUGCAGAAAACCUUCCAGUUUGGCGGCCGCUGCGAGUUCCCCAGUAACAUUGAGCUCAAGGCUAUGGUGGCCGGAAGGAGCUCCAAGCGCCAGCUCUUCCUCCUGCCGGGAGGGAUUGAGAAGCACCUGAAGAUCAAAACGUGUUCGGUUGCCCUGGAUGUGAUAGAGGAGAUAUGCUUUGAAAUGGGUCUGCAGCGGCCGGAAGCCUUUGACGAAUACAUCAUUUUUGCCGUCGCCAACAGGAAUCAGAACGUCCGGCCUUUGAACAAAAAGGAAUACAUCCUUGACGUCGCCAUGGAGAUGGAGAACAUGGACAGCAGCUAUAUGUUCUGGUACCGGCGCGUCAUCUGGGCCCUGCCGCUAAAAUUUGAGAACGAGCUGUACGUCACCAUGCACUACAAUCAGGUGCUGCCCGAUUAUCUGAAAGGUCUCUUCAACACUCUCCCUCCCAUGACGCCAACCCAGCAACAGUUCCAGCAGGUCUCCAAGCUGGCUGCUUUGCAGCACCGAGCGAAGGACGGCGUCAGCCUGCCAACCCAACGGGAGGUCCAAGACUACAUCCCGCCCCAGUUCUUUGACCUGCAGAAGGCCCCGUCAUGGCUGGACAUGGUCAUGCACCACAUGCAGCAAGCCCAGGCCCUGAGCGCUCACCAGGCCCGGGCACAGUUCCUAGGGCUUCUGAGCGCUUUCCCAAUGUUUGGCUCGUCCUUCUUCUACAUCCAGAGCUGUAGCAACAACACGGUCGUCUCCCCCUGCAUCCUGGCCGUGAACCAGAACGGACUCAACUUCCUGAACAAGGAAACCCACGAACCCAUUGUGACGUUCUCUCUGAAAGAGAUCCAGUCUACGCGCACCCAGCGGCCUUCAGCUGGAUCCAGCUACCCCUAUGUGGAGAUUAUGCUGGGAGACCUGAUGUCCCAACGGAUCACGCAGUUGCAGCUGGAGCAGGGCCUGGAGCUCUGCCGCGUCAUCGCCACCCACAUGGAGAGCUUGCUCCACGCCCGCGAAAAGCGGCUCACCCUCCCGCCUAGCGAGAUUACGUUGCUGUGA